AUGUCUGACAAGCCUCCAAGUGACACUGAUGCUAUUGCUCUGGAAACCAGAACAGAUGUUGGAAGUUUGCUCUGUAGAUUUUGCAACCUCUCACUUGCCUUCCAUGGCUGUCUUUUAGACUUUGGUACCUGCAAUGCGGGACCUGAGCAGUUUUGUAUAGAAGAGAGAUAUUAUAAAGAUGGAAUUUAUUGGUAUUCCAUUAAAGGCUGCACGGAAAGUGGUGAUGAGUGCUUCAAGACAAGAGAGACACCUUUUAAAACUCAAAUUACUCACUGCUGCAGUUAUCCUCUGUGCAAUCUCUGA